AUGAAUCGCUCCGAAGGAUUAGUACAACGAAGAAAUGUUCUAAAGGACAGCAAUUCCGAUGGAACAUUGAAAGAAAACUAUGAUGAUGAUAAGAAAAAUGAUAAAAAUUAUGACGAUGGCGACUCAAAGGAAACUCGCUUAACAUUAAUGGAAGAAGUUUUGCUUUUAGGAUUGAAAGACAAAGAAGGUUACACUUCAUUUUGGAAUGAUUGCAUAUCUAGUGGCCUAAGGGGAUGUAUUUUAAUUGAACUUGGACUAAGAGGUCGCAUAGAACUGGAAAGAGCUGGAAUGAGAAGAAAAGGAUUGUUAUCUAGAAAAGUAAUUGUAAAAUCAGAUUCACCCACUGGAGAUGUCUUAUUAGAUGAAGCACUUAAACAUAUGAAAGAGACAGACCCACCAGAGACAGUUCAAAGCUGGAUAGAGUAUCUGAGUGGUGAGACUUGGAAUCCAAUGAAGCUCAAAUAUCAACUUAAGAAUGUGAGAGAGAGGCUUGCAAAGAAUCUUGUUGAAAAAGGAGUUCUUACUACUGAAAAACAAAAUUUUCUACUAUUUGAUAUGACAACACAUCCUCUGACAGAUAAUGUUGUGAAAUGUCGCUUAGUUAAAAAGGUCCAAGAAGCAGCACUGCGUCGCUCCAUAACAGAUGUUGCUCAUGCUGAUAAGCGCUCGUUGGCAUUGCUAAUGCUUGCUCACUCAGCCGAUGUGCUUGAAAAUGCGUUCGCACCUCUUUCGGACGAGGAUUAUGAGCUUGCCACACGACGCGUACGCGCCCUGCUCGACCUUGACUUUGAAGCCGAGUCCAUGAGGCCCGACGCCUGUGAGAUAAUGUGGGCGGUCUUCGCUGCUUUUACCAAAUAG